CUCUGAGGACAAGCCUCUGAGGAACCUCCCCUCCACUCAAUUCAGCCUAGCAUCAUCUCCCUCCCAACCCAACCAGUCUUAUAUGCCGCUUGUGCUCUUCUCGUUCGAUCGUUGGUGAUGGUUCAAAUCAAACGCCGUGCCCUCCGCAUCGCGUUGCAUCUCCAGCAACCCGAUAGACUACCUCCAUCAUCGUCCUCUUCUUCUUCUCCGUUCCUUCUGACUGCACCGUUUGUGUCCGCUAAGCUGGGGGAUACCAUCGGCGCGCUGUACGGAAUAGAGGGCCUUGCCUCGUUCUCCGCGGUCGACGUGGUGUUCAUCGAGCGUAACAGUGUUACCACUCGCUUCAUCGUGCGCUGUCCCCGCUCGUUCCUCCCUUCUAUGCGCACGGCCAUCGCUGCCAUUCGUUCCAUCCAGGAUUGCCCCGUCGCUGCAGCCAUCGAGCACGUGUCAGGGGGCUGGGAAGGAAAACGAGAGUUGAGCAAGACCGCUUGAGACCAUCAAUAAGGUGUUCGUCUGUUCGAGCGGUAUUAUUCGCAUCCAGGUUACAUUGCUGAGAUAUUAUUUAAUUGGAAAUGCACACACACCAUCCUAAAACGGUAACCAUAUUCUGUUGCAAACAUAG